AUGGCAGCGACGGCUCAUGCAUCUCUAGUGUCGCUGUUGAAUACUAUGGAUCAGAUCCAGACUCAUCCCCGCCUUUCCAUCUAUUUCGACAACUACCAGUUUAAAUCUCUUCGGGAGAUGGUGUAUUUCCUUGUUGAUUUUGUGGAGAAUUUUUCUGAAUUCGAAGAUAUGAUGAGGCGGAUUGGGGAUGCAGCUCAUGAGGCUGAAGACAUAAUUGAAGUUGAAGCUGCUGAUCGAAUUCGUGGUGAGUCUACAGCAAAAAGUCUAACAAUGUUGCUCCAUCUGCAGAGAAUAAUACAAGACAUUAGCUCCAUCAAGGAUGAGGUUAUCAAGUUUAAAGAUAAAACUGGGUUCAUAAAUUCAAUGCCUCCUUCAUCAUCAUCAUCACCUCCUCGUGUCACUAAGAAGACUACCAUGCUGGGAUUUGAUCGCUAUGUGGCAAAGCUUUUGGAUGAACUCACUGGACAUGAUUGUUGUCGGCGAAUGCUCCCAAUCGUUGGAAUGGGAGGCAUUGGUAAGACCACUCUUGCCAGAAAUGUUUAUGAACAUUCAGUUAUGGUGCAUCAUUUUGAUGUUCGCGCUUGGGUUGUCGUGUCUCAAGAAUAUAAUGCAAGUGAUAUGCUUUCGCAAGCACUUUCUUGCCUAGGUCAAUUGCCCAAGAAUAAACCUGAUGAUCAACUAGGUGAAGACUUGUAUAAAACAUUAUCAGGCAGACGGUAUCUGGUAAUAUUGGAUGAUGUGUGGAGUGUUGAGGCGUGGGAAAAGAUACAGUUCUUCUUCCCCCAAAAUGAUAAUGGAAGCAGAAUUGUUGUAACGACCAGGCAACAAGAACUGGUUAAUUACUUUGGCUGCUCUUCAGUUGCGGUGGGUUUUCUUGAUGAGGAAAAUAGUUGGAAGCUUUUAUGUGACGUGACAUUUGCAGGACAAGGUUGCCCUCCUCAGCUAGAAAAAAUCAUGGAGGAGAUUGUCAUGAAAUGCAAAGGACUUCCGCUUGCAAUCCGGGUGAUUGGAGGGCUUCUUGGAAAGUCACCGAGGACGCAAGAGUAUUGGGAAAAAAUCGCAAAAGACAAGAGCUUGGUUAUGGAAUAUUCAGGUGAUGGAAGCAAACCCUCCAGCAUAUUAUACAUGAGUUACAAGCAUUUGCCUGUUUGGUUAAGAUCAUGUUUUCUUUACUUGGGAUUAUUUCCCGAAGACCAUGAAAUAGAUGUGUCAAAUCUUAUCAAAUUAUGGGUUGCGGAGGGAUUUGUAAAACCAACUAAAAGCCAAAGUUUGGAACAAGUCGCUGAGGGUUACAUAAAGGAGCUCAUUGAUAGGAAUCUCCUUUUAGUUGCUGAAUUGGAAAUAAACAAGAAAGUUUCAUAUUGUUGCCUUCAUGAUCUAAUAAGAGAGCUAUGCAUACGGAUAGCAGAGAAAGAAAACUUCUAUUGUGACCAAAGAGACAUAGCUGGGAGGCGUCACUUCAUAUCUGAUGAAAGAACGAGAAGUGUUUACUGUCGAGAAUCUUGGACUAGUUUAGAAAAGCCAUCAGUUAUGACACCUCUAAUAUUGAGUAGGGAGAAAAGAGAAGCACCACUUAAGUCUAGAUUGUUGAGAGUGUUGGUUGCUGAUCAUGAGAGUCGCCUAGACCCUUCUUUUCAGCAAGUUAACGUGCGCUACAUAUCCCUAAAUUCGUAUACAUUUGGUAUACCGAUUCCUUGGUCAAUAUCAUUAUGUUGGAGUUUGCAAAGUUUGAUUCUGGAACAAUGGACGCGAGUAGUUGUACCAUCCGAUAUUUGGAAGAUGCCACAACUUAGGCAUAUCGAGAUUAACUUAAUGGUAGUAGAGAAUCCUACCCCCGGUGACGUCUUUGUUUUGCACAACUUACAAACACUCAAGUUAGUAAAGGAUCUCAUUUUCACAGAGGAGGUGUGUGCGAGAAUACCAAACAUUAGGGAAUUGGGAACUGUAUAUGGCUUCGAUAAACAAGUUGGGGUAAGAAGGGAUAAGUUCCAUCUGCAGAAUUUUGGCCGCUUAAACACGCUUGAAUCGCUGCAAUACUCUUUCCUUGGAGAGGGAUAUGUAAGUGAUCGUUUUGAGAACCUUAAAUUGCCUAGUUCACUUAGGAAGCUUGUUUUAAACAAUUCUUACAUGGUGUGGAGUGAUAUGGCAACUAUUGCAUUGCUGCCUAAUCUUCAAAUUCUUCGAUUGGAACAACAUGCAGUGGUAGGGGCAGAAUGGAAUUUUGUUAAUGAGGAAUUUCGUAGCUUGAAACAUCUUAUCAUUUUUAAUUGUGAUGAUAUGUCUAAUUGGAUUGCGGAAAAGUCCAAUUUUCCAGUGCUGGAGACGCUCGAUCUUUGGAAUUUAAAUAAACUGGAUAAGGUUCCUUGGGAUAUUGGUGAAAUACCCACGCUCGAAAGAAUAUGUGUUCGUUACUGUACGAAAUCAACGAGCAUGUCAGCAAUGGAGAUACUAGAGGAACAAGAGAAUCUCGGAAAUCAAGUCCUUCAACUUGGAAUUGAAUUCAAAGGAGAUCCAAUGUGGGUGGAAAAGAUCAAAGAACGCUUCACAUCCCAAAGUCUUCACAUUUCAUCGAAGGGUUUUUAUCAUUCUUUGAGUUACAAUUUGCUCACGCACUCAAGAUGACUCAGUUCUUCGAUCUCUUAGUUGGAGGAGAUCCCCAAGUUGAGUGAAUUGAUGAGUCGAGGUGUUGAUAAUGGAAUCGAAGAUUUGAGGAUGAUGGACGGCAAGAAGCUAUGGGUGUAGAGCCAAACCUAUACUGCACAAAGCCUGUUUCUGGGAUAAUACAUAGCCCCUCGUUGCUGCUCUCGCUACUGGUAUGUACCUAUUUUUUGUCAAGAUGAAUGACAAGAAAAGAAAAACUUUCAUAUUUAUAAGUUAGUCGUGUUUAGAGUUGCGUUACUAUCCACGUCAACGGGAAUGGUGUUUCGGGGGAGUUGAGAGCCAUGGAGCCAUCCCUCGACCUAUAGGUUGGAGCCUUGGCGGAAGCUUUUACCCAUUGUGUUGUGCUUUGUUUAAAGAGGAUUUUAUUGGUUCUCAAUUUAUACUCGUGGUGACUCGAACCCUCCAACGUAUUAGAUGGAGGAGAAGCGUCUUACAAACUAAGUUGCCUUUCAUCGUCAGAUAUAUAGCUUAUGAUACUCAUCUUACUUGCAAUUCAACUACAUGUAAAUUUGUACCUCUACUUUUUCUUCACAUAUAAUUGUGGACGAUUUAAAGUACUAUGAAAGUUUCGCAUUUGCUUUGUGUUAUUUGAGAGUAAGAUAUUUUUUGUCUUAUAUUCCAAGUGUUUGAGAUUUUAGUGUUUUUCACCCAUUUUGAAAAAAAUUAGUUUUAUUGUUUUUAACAUUAAUAUUUGUUCACCAAUUGUAUUUCUUUACUCACUAUUGUCCCACUAAAAAUAUAGCUAAUUAGAUACUAAAAAUAGGCGCACAAAUACCUUAGACCACAUACUGAACCAAAGUCCAGGCAAUUUGUUCUUGAAGAGAAGAUAUUUGGAGUUUAGAGAUGGCGGUGACGGCUCAUGCAUCUCUAGUGUCAUUGUUGAAUACUAUGGAUCAGAUCAAGGCUCAUCCUCGCCUUUCCACUUAUUUCGACAACUACCACUUUGAAUCUCUUCGGGAAAUGGUUGAUUUCCUUGUAGAUUUUGUGGAGAAUUUUCCAGAAGCAGAAGAUUUGAUGAGGAGAAUUGCAGAUGCAGCUCAUGAAGCAGAAGAAACAAUUGAAGUCGAAGCUGCUGAUCAAAUUCGUGGUGAAUCUACAACAAAAAGCCUAACGAUGUUGCUCCAUCUUCAGAGAAUAAUACAAGACAUUACCUCCAUCUCAAGUUUAAAGAUGAAACUGGAUUCAUAAAUUUCAUGCCUCAUCCAUCCUUCUUGUUGCCGUCGUCGUCGUCAUCGUCAGCUCCUUGUGUCACUAAGAAAACUAACAUACUGGGAUUUGAUCGCUAUGUAGCGCAGCUUUAUGUCAAUUUGUAUGAAAAGGUGGUUGGAUGAUUUUGCUGGUAUCAAUGCAGAGGACUGUUGGUGGAGUUGGCUCUAAGCUUUUGUUUCUCAUCUUACUGUAAUUUAGCUGUACUGCAUUUGUUAUUAAUGAAAUUCUAUAUUUUGCGCUA